GCUGCUCCGUGACAUCUCGCUCGCGCGCCAAAUGUCAAAAUUCAAAGUGAAAAAAUAUCAACAGGAGUGCAUUCACUCCGUAACGGCUAUUUUUCAUUGCGAACCGCAUAAUCUCAAUUCAACUUCUGACAACGCACGUGAACUACUUCAAAUAGAUUACGCCAAUCUAACCUCAACCGCAAGUACCGGCUAAAAGCCUGAAUAUGUCUUCACCGGCAGAGCUCGAGUGCAAGAAACUCUGCGUUCGCCGCUGCCUCUUCGCGGUGACGUUCGGUAUCGCCAUCCAGUACCUGCUCCUGUCCAUAUUCCUGCUACUCGUCAACUUCAGCCUGCUCCAUCCGAUCCAGUGGGUAACGGAAACCUUCAGCCUGGUCUUCUCUGUAUACACCUGGCUCAAGAUCACUCCGCUGAUCAGCGCUCUCGUGCUCUACGGCAUAUUCCUAGGGAAUUCGUUCCUCGCCGUUCCGAAAUAUUACCCAUCUCGGUUCGCCUGGCUCUGCGGAACGUUCCUGAAGAAAUGGGUGUCGUUCGUGCUGCACGCCCUCUUGGGAUUCCUCACGGCCUGGCUGUACGCUGGGUUCCUGAGCGAGGAGUACAACGUGCUGCUACGUGAAUGCUACGAGGGAUACUGCCUGAACGAGCGUUACAUCUUCCUUGCGUUGGGAGGGGUCUACGCGGGAUUGUAUUAUUUCUCCAAGGAGCGGUUCACUGGGGAGCCGGAGAUCGUGUUCCCCGUGAUUCAAGAGUGCAAGUACGUGAAGAUUCGCUCGCAGAUUUACUCGGUGAUAUACAUGUCGUUGAUGAAGUCGUUCGUGCCAGUCAUGUGCUUUGUGCUCGUCUACUGGGUGGCCAGCUGGACUGUUACCAGCCGGGUCGCGGCAGUGUUCGACGCGGAACCGGACGAGUCCUUCAGCUCCUUGACUUCCAUCAUGCUCAGUUUCCGCCUCUUGCUGUACACGUGGAUUCUCGCCUCGCAAAUUCUCUGCAACAUGUACUUGCUCUACAUCUGCUUCAUCAUCGUCUUAACCACCGAAGAACACUUCCUCAUCGAAAAGGGACCCGCGCUAAAUCGCCAGGAAGGGGUGACCAUAGUCGAAGCGUUGUCAUUAAGCAAAGUCCCAAUCGCUCAGCAUUUGGCCUCGUUGGACCUUUUCAAUUUAGCAACGUCGAAGUCUUCCGAACGGCGCCAGCAAAUUUUCUCAUUAUCGGUUCCCGGGGGACAUCCGUACAACUGGAACCAACUUUCUGGACAAGUCCUAAGUAUGAUCGAUGCUUUCACCGAUGAACUGACGCAAUCUCGCAAAACCGCCCCAAUCCAGUCGGCCUACUUCCAGAAGAAACUGCCGGGCCCAAUGCCACCUGCCACACUAGAAGCCGAACGGAUCCUCAUCCGCCAAUACAAUGAGAGCUUUGGGAUUCGUAACAUGAUGGGUUCGCCCCCGUGCAGAUCACCUCCACCCUCCUGCAAUAUGACUUCCCCGGCGAUGAAUCCCUGCGAUAGAGUCAACGAUACCGUCGAGCACAUCGGUCAAGUCAUAAACGACGCCUGCCGCUCGGCGUUCUACAACAUCCCCGGCUUUUACUAUCUUUUUGGCGAACAGGAAGGUGCAAAGACAACAUUCAUCCUAGCUCGCUCGCAGGACAUUAUUUGGCUAACGCAAGCGUUGGCUGGACUGUGCGCUGCGUCUCUUACUGAGGAUCGCUUUGGAGUAGUACAGAAGGAGCUUCCGGUAAUAAUCAAGUCGUUCCUGAGGCUGAAAGCGGAGCUGGACCAGAUUUGCAACAUGAACUUGAACGGGAAGAAAUUGGACAGGAAUUGCAUUGCCUUGCGGAACGCCGUGAAGAGGAGUCUGUACAAGAUCUGCACGGUCUUCGGUGACUACAUCGGGGACCUGAUUGCGGACAUGGACGAGCUGCGGCGCGUUCAGUGUUAUGUUAAAUAUUUGGAGACGUAGACGCUUAAAUUAUUUCUCGCUUAUUUUUAAGUAUUUUGAUUUUUUAUGACUGUUUUGUGAUAGAAUACAUUUUCUACAAUAUUUUGAAUUG